AUGCGCAGCAGCAUGCCACCCAGCUUAGGCGAAGACGCCUUGAAGGAGUUCUGGCUCCAAAAGCUCCCGUCGAACGUCACAGCCAUCCUCGCCAGCCUUGACGCGCCAUUGAACGAACUGGCUGCGCGCGCGGACCGCGUUUUAGAAGCAUCCAACCAGCAGUGCAUCGACGUGCUGUCAAGGGAACAGUUCAACGACUUGGCCGGCGCAGUGUCCGCGUUGUUCCUCCAGGUCCAGUCUCUCACUAAGAUGGUCGGCACGGCUGGAGAGCCAUCUCGGCAGCAACCACGGGCACCUACGCAGUUGGACGUACAACAGCCGGCUCAAUCGUGCUACUACCACGCGAGGUUCGGGAGCCGAGCGCGCACUUGUCGCCCUCCUUGCAAUUUCAAGCCGAAAUCCGGGGAAAACUCCGCUGCCCUGGCUGCGGAAAACUGA